UUUUCUACAUACUAGGGUAUUUAUGAGGUUAGGCUGACAACACCAGUGUUCAAGUCUUCAGAUUUUUGUGUGCGCCGGCUUCGCACGUGAACGUGUCGCGAAAAUCUCAUAAAAUUAGUGAAAUCACCAUGUCGGACGAAUAUUUUUAUGGUGUGACCUUGUCCUCGACGCACCAGUCGGAGACGUGGGACCCCGAGGCGAAGGUGGAGUACCCGCGCAGCAACAAGCUGCUCAUCCGCCUGGCGCUGCUCGGGCCCGACGCCAAGCCCGACGAGUUCAAUGUGGUGCAGGUAGAAACAAUGUCACUACAAGACUCUAUCAAGAUCCCAGUGGCCAUCCUGAAAGUGGGAGAGACGCGGCAGGCGCGGCUAGACCUAGAGUUCCCUGAUGCUCCCGUCACAUUCACACUCAUCCAGGGUUCUGGCCCAGUACAUCUCAUCGGCCAGCACCUGCUCGGAGCGCUCGUGGAGGAGUUUGAAGAUAUGGAGGAGAUGGAAGAAGAGAUGUUGGAUGAGGAGGAGGGAGAUGACUCUCAGUUCAAGGAAGAUGAGAAUAAAAGGAAAUCAUCUGCAGGCAAGCGCAAGACGAAUGAGGAUGACGACGACGAGGAGGGUGAACCCAAGGGCAAGAAAGCGAAAAUGUCAAACAACGCCAAAGGCAAAGCUCCGUCUCCGAAGAAGAACGCCAAGAAGUGAGCCCCCCGCCCCCCU